GCCGCACACGGGUGGUGGGCAGUGUGGGAUCCCAGCCGAGGCUUCAGGAGGUGCGGCCGCAGUCCAGAGGUGGGCUGGGAGUGAAACUAUGUAGUGUCUUAAGAAAGCCGGUGACCCCUGUGAAGUCCAUAUGGCUCUGUAUGAUGAAGAUCUCCUGAAAAACCCUUUCUACCUGGCUCUUCAGAAGGGGCGCCCCGACUUGUGCAGCAAGGUGGCCCAGAUCCACGGCACUGUCUUGGUGCCUUGCAAAGGAAGUCUGUCCAGCAGCGUUCAGGCCACUUGUCAGUUCGAAUCGUACAUUCUGAUUCCAGUGGAAGGCCAUUUUCAGACCUUUGAUGGCAAGGAUGUCUUUAUACAGGGAAACAGGAUUAAAUUAGGGGCAGGUUUUGCCUAUCUUCUCUCCGUGCCCAUCCUCUUUGAAGAGACUUUCUACAAUGAAAAAGAAGAAAGUUUCAGUGUCCUGUGCAUAGCACAUCCUUUGGAGAAGAGAGAGAGUGCAGAAGAGCCUUUGGCAUCCUCUGAUCCCUGUUCCCUGAAAACCAUAGAGGAUGUGAGAGAGUUCCUGGGAAGACACUCUGAGCGAUUUGACAGGAUCAUCGCCUCUUUCCACCGAACGUUCCGAGACUGUGAAAGAAAGAGCCUCCGUCAGCACAUAGACUCAGUGAAUGCACUAUAUACCAAAUGCCUCCAGCAGCUUCUGAGGGACUCCCACCUGAAGGUGCUGGCGAAGCAGGAGGCCCAGAUGAACCUGAUGAAGCAGGCUGUAGAGAUGUAUGUCCAUCACGAAAUGUACGACCUCAUCUUUAAGUACGUGGGGACUGUGGAGGCCAGCGAGGAUGCUGCCUUCAACAAGAUCACAAGAAGCCUUCAAGACCUUCAGCAGAAGGACAUUGGUGUGAAGCCUGAGUUCAGCUUCAACAUCCCUCGAGCAAAGAGAGAGCUGGCGCAGCUGAACAGGUGCACCUCCCCCCAGCAGAAGCUGGUAUGCCUGCGGAGGGUGGUGCAGCUCAUCAUGCAGACCCCCAGCCAGAGAGUGAGCUUGGAGACCAUGUGUGCUGAUGAUCUUCUAUCAGUUUUGUUAUAUCUGCUUGUGAAGACAGACAUCCCCAACUGGAUGGCAAAUUUGAGUUACAUCAAAAACUUCAGAUUCAGCAGCUCCGCAAAAGAUGAGUUGGGGUACUGCCUGACCUCGAUGGAGGCUGCAAUCGAGUAUAUUCGGCAAGGGAGCCUCUCUGUGAAGCCACUGGACUCUGAGGGGUUCGGUGACAGGCUGUGCCUCCGGCAGAGAGUGAGCUUGCUGUCUCAGAUGGCUUCCACUCCCACCGACUGCCUGUUUAAGCACAUCGCAGCAGGGAACCAGAAGGAAGUGGAGAAGCUCCUGAGCCAAGAAGACCAUGAUAGGGAUGCCAUCCAGAAGAUGUGCCACCCACUGUGCUUCUGUGAUGACUGCGAAAGGCUCGUGUCUGGGAGGCUGAAUGAUCCCUCGGUUGUCACUCCGUUCUCCAGAGAUGACCGGGGUCACACGCCUCUCCACGUGGCUGCUCUCUGUGGGCAGGCGUCCCUCAUCGAUCUCCUGGUCUCCAAGGGCGCUGUGGUGAAUGCCACAGACUACCACGGGUCCACUCCGCUUCACCUGGCGUGUCAGAAGGGCUAUCAGAGCGUGACGCUGCUGCUGCUGCACCACAAGGCCAGCACUGACGUGCAGGACAACGAUGGCAGCACCCCGCUGCACCUGGCCUGCGCCCGCGGGCACGAGGACUGUGUGAAGGCUCUGGUGUACUACGACGUGCAGUCGUGCAGACUGGACAUCGGGAACGAGAAAGGAGACACGCCCCUCCACAUCGCUGCGCGCUGGGGCUACCAGGGCAUCAUUGAGACGCUAGUGCAGAAUGGGGCCCCCACUGAGGUCCAGAACCGGCUGAGAGAGACACCGCAGCAGUGCGCACUCAACCCCAAGAUCCUCUCCAUAAUGGAAGCCCAUCGCCUGUCCUUUGAAAAGAGGCCAAAGCCCUCUGAGGCCCCCGUGCCAUCCCCUCAGCGCUCUGUGGACUCUGUCAGCCAGGGGUCCUCCUCCUCCAGCUUCUCCUCCACAGUGGUGAGCGUGAGACAAGAGGAGGCCAGGAAGGACUACAGAGAGGUAGAAAAGCUCUUGAGAGCGGUUGCCGAUGGGGAUCUGGAAAUGGUGCGUUACCUUUUGGAGUGGAUCGAGGAGGAUGUGGAUGAAGGGGAUGAAAUCGUCAGUGCUGCAGACCUGGAAUUCUGUCACCCCUUGUGCCAGUGCCCCAAGUGUGCUCCAGCUCAGAAGAAGUUGGCAAAGGUCCCGGUCAGUGGGCUUGGUGUGAAUGUCACCAACCAGGAUGGCUCGUCCCCGCUGCACCUUGCUGCCCUGCACGGCCGCGCAGACCUCAUUCCUCUGCUGCUGAAGCAUGGUGCCAACCCGCAAGCCCAGGACGCAGACCAGGCCAUUCCACUCCACCUGGCCUGCCAGAAAGGCCACUUCCAGGCGGUGAAGUGCCUGCUAGACUCAAAUGCAAAACCCGACAACAAGGACCUCCGUGGGAACACACCCCUCAUCUAUGCCUGCUCGGGUGGCCAUCAUGAAGUCGCAGCCCUGUUGCUGCAGCACGGGGUCUCCAUCGACACACGCAACAACAGGGGCAACACGGCCCUGCACGAGGCCGUGGCGGGAAAGCACGUCUUCGUGGUGGAGCUGCUGCUGCUUCACGGGGCAUCUGUUCACAUCUUGAACGAGAGGCAGCGCACAGCCCUGGACUGUGCCGAGCGGAAUUCAAAAAUAAUGGAGUUACUUCAGGUAGUGCCAAGUUGUGUUGCCUCACUAGGUGACACUGAGGAGGCAGACCACAGGGAGUACGUGACCGUGAAGAUCAGGAAAAAGUGGAACUCACAAGUGUACGAUCUGCCAGGUGAACCAUUCGCCAGACAGUUCUACCUUGUUCCUGCAGUUGGCCAGCUAGCGGGGAGGACUUCAAGGGAGACUGUGGUGAGGGAUGGAAGUGGCCCCACUCUCAAGGGCUCCUGCCAUGAGUCAGAGACGCAGAGGGUCACACGGGAACAGAGCCAUCUGCCAGACCAGAGCAGGCCUGAGGCUGACCCAGGACGGCACCCGAGGCCUGAGGAAAGUGCUGGGUGGAGGCGAGCUGCGCCUGGACCUGGGCACAUGGUUGAUGAUGUAGGUGUCCCCCGGGUCCCAGAGACCACACUCCAGGAGGCCAGUGUUUCCCCGGCCCGACAGUAAGAAGGGACGUGUGCACGUGCUGCCGAGGAGCGGGUUUGCAGCGCAAGAGGCCGUGCUGGGAGUGUGCGCUCGGAACGGCCGUGAGACGCCGUCCCCUCACAGUGCCUCACAGCUUUGCUGUGGCUGAGCGAUGAGCGAUGAGCGCACCGAAAGUGAUCACCACCCCCUCCUCUGGGGAAGGGACAGCUGGACGCGCCAAGCGUCCAGAUGCUUACUCUGGGCUCUGCAUUUCCUGCUCACCGUCAGAUUCUGACCUUGUACUGAAAGGUGCUAAGCCUCCGUGAUGCGUGUAAAUGAGCAAACCGUAAGUUAAAAGAAUUUCCCCAGCUGGGGUCAGCCACAGACACACCUAGGGCUCGUGGUACCGAGGCGGCCAGGCAAAAAGAAGGAACACAACCUAGAAACUGUCCCUUUGACUCUUGAACCAAAAGAUGCCUAAAUGUCAUGUUGACGUUCACCUCAGCGAGGAGGACACAUCAGACCUGUCGCACCCAGGAUCUGGAAAAGCUGGAGGUCUCUGCGCCUGUGCACCUGCAGCACAGUUUCUAGAAACGCCUUUCGUUAAGGGCCUCCCUGAUGCCGCACUGACGGAUGGCUACUGGACAGUAGGUUUGGCACCAUUUCUUCACCGUUUUGAAACAUU